UGGUGAUGUCUACUGCAGUCAGUACAUGAAGUAUGCUCUGACUGCCAGCAAGGUCUAAUAACCGGGAGAAGGGCAGCCAGCUUCAUUAGUGAGAGCGAGACUGAGACCAUACCGGCUGCUUUUCUGGGGAACUGUGCUUUUUUGAAUACCGAGAGGGGAUAAUGGAUAAUACUGUUGAUGGUUUGGACAAGGCUUCAAUUGCUAACUCGGAAGGACCAGCCCCAGGAUCCCAAACUCCCCCCUUCAAGAGGAAGGGCAAACUCUCCAACAUUGGCAAAAUCUUUAAACCUUGGAAAUGGCGGAAGAAGAAGACAAGUGACAAAUUCAGAGAAACGUCAGCAGUGUUGGAAAGGAAGAUUUCGACAAGACAAAGCAGAGAGGAGCUGAUAAGAAGGGGAGUGCUGAAGGAAAUGCCUGAGCAAGAUGGUGAUGUAACAGUAAAUUUUGAAACUUCAAAUGGACACACCAUAGCCAUUGGUGAAGAAACCAUACAGGAAGAAAAUGUGGUAAAAGCUAGUGGAAAUAAUGGUACUUUAUCAGAGAAAGCAUCAGCAUCGGAAGGAAAAAAAGAAGAUCAAAAAGAGAGCACUACUGGUCACUGCCCAGAAAUACCGACAUCCCAUGCUCCACCACUACCCAAGCCUAAGCCUAAACCUAAAAAAGCUCCACUGCCACCAAAAAAUGCCAUUGCUGCUUCCACCACCACCAGCCAUAAGGGUAAUGAAGCACCUCAUGCUAAAAAAAAGGGAAAGGGUCCUGCUAAGCAGCCUCCUCUCCCACCGCCCAAGCCGACAGGUCACAGUGCUAAUCAAGAAGCUGCUGGUUCCUCUCAUGCAAAAAAAAUACCAGACUCCAAGUCUUCUUCAUCACCAUCUCCUUCAUCCACAUCAUCUCAUCCCAAAGCCUCUAAGGAGACUUCCAGCAAAUUGGGCACAUCAGGGACUCCCAGGGGCAAGAAAAAACCUGGGAAACAGUCGACCCCACGAACAGCGCUGGAUGGGGCUGCCUCUUCCCCCUCAGGUGCCACAGCCAACAGUUUGGAAGUGAAGACAGAAAAACCCAAGGCUGAGCAACCUUCCACAGUAGUUUUUGAAACAGAGGACGCAGACCAAUCGAGCAAGCUUAUUGUACCCCCUCCUCCCACCGCUGCCCCUCCUCCACCUCCACUUCCACCUCCUUUCCUUGCUGCAGCUGGUCAGCCUGCUGUCUCCUCAGAUGCCCAAGAUGUAUCAGACAGCUGUGUGGCAGGGCCAUGCAGCCCCGGAUCAGAUCCUAAACCCCUUCUCCAGACUGAGCAUGGCACAGAUGAGAGUCUGAGCAGUCCAGCCCUAGGCAGCGGUCCAGAUGCUAGUGGAGAAAACACAGAAAGCUUGGCUACGAAAGAAGACCAAGAAGUGGAGGCUCCAGACCAGGCACACUCUGAACCAGUGGAGGAGGCUGCUGGCACUGCUGCCCCUCCUGAGAGUGAAAGUAGCAGAGAGAGCCAUGGCAGUGACUCAGACUCAGACGGGCCGAUCCUGUACACAGAUGAUGAUGAUGAUGACGAUGAUGAGAAUGCAAGUGCUGAAAGCUCUUUGGCAAGUAAAAUCCGUCGUAGGGAUACUCUUGCUAUCAAACUUGGCAACAGACCAUCUAAGAAAGAAUUAGAGGACAAAAACAUCUUGCAGCGUACAUCUGAAGAGGAGAGGCAGGAAAUCAGACAUCAGAUUGGAACGAAGCUAGUGAGGAGGCUUAGCCAGAGGCCUACAACUGAAGAGCUAGAGCAAAGAAAUAUCCUGAAGCAGAAGAAUGAAGAAGAGGAACAGGAAGCCAAAAGAGAAAUAAAACGUAGACUCAGUAGAAAGCUCAGUCUGAGGCCCACAGUGGCUGAACUUCAAGCAAGAAGAAUCCUUCGAUUUAACGAGUAUGUGGAAGUCACGGAUUCUCCGGAUUAUGACCGUCGUGCUGACAAGCCUUGGGCCAGGUUAACUCCUGCAGACAAGGCAGCAAUACGGAAAGAACUGAAUGAAUUUAAAAGCACAGAAAUGGAAGUACAUGAGGAAAGUCGGCAAUUUACCAGGUUUCAUCGUCCAUAACUGUUUGACCACAUCCAGUAUUUCAUGUAACAAUUUUCUUUGGGGAAAUCAUUGCAUCCUGAAGAUCUGAGAUUGCACUGGAACUUGAGUAUGAGUGUGCGCUACAGCUUUCCCUGACAUUAAUGAAGAAAGUGGCCCUCGUCAUUAUAAAUGGACAAAUGAUUUGUCUAGGAGGAGAACCCACGCGAAGCAUUUGUCCGUGUUCAGACAGACCACGGUUCUGUGGCUACUCCACAUAGACAAGUCAGUGGACUUCUUCAUCAGAGCUCCACAAGUCAGGAAGUGCUGAAGACAAUCGCUUGAGAGCCUGCUACCAGGAACUCAUCAGAUUUCAUAGGGUUGUGACUGAGGGUAACUGAGAGGGAGGGAGUGUGUGAAAAGGACUGAGAGCUGGGGGAAGAGAGUCUUCGCUUGUCAGUCCACAGAGAAAAGUGGAAUGGAUGGAACUGCCUAAUGAUGCACAGUGGGGAGAAUUAUUUAAAGAGGAAAAAAAAAAAGAGUGUGUGAAGCAACUGUGCAUGUUUUGGUUUUUUUUAUUUUUUUUUUAGUGGCUGCAGCCUGUCUUAAAAAGACGGCAAGCCAUAAGUCCUCAUGUCAUCAGUACUUUUAGUGAAGAACUGUCAUUUUCUUUGGUGCCAGUAAAUACAGUUGCCAGAAAUUAGUCCUAGUAUAACUCAUCUGUCUUUUUUAAAAUCCCAGUGUGCAUGCUUCAGGAAAAUACAUUGAACGUUCAUACAGAACAAGCCACGUAAUUUUUGGUUUUUAUUGUUGACAUACUCUGUAUCCUCAGAAAGACAUAAACAGGAUUUGAAGAACAAAUAACAUUCAGUGAAAUGUUUCAUGUUUAGAAACACUCCUUGCUGUCUGUCACUUGCCAUUCAAACCAGAGGGAUCAUUAUCUUUCUCAUUGUGGCAGGCAGUGGUGACUUUGACAUCAUGCCAGUGUGAAUAAAAUUAGGCACAGAAGUCUUUGCUAGUAUGCCUGAGCAGUGACUAAUGUGACUUUUUACAUUUAAGGACUCUUGCAUUGCUUUGAGGAAGAACUCCCAGAUGAAUCAGUAUGUCUUCAGCCAGUGGUCCUGUAAAAGUGAAAGGGAAAUCCUUGGAGUGUCUGCAGCCUGCUUUUGUUCAGUGUGAAGAAUGCUUCUUAGAUUCGUAAUUUUUUAUACUAUCUUGAAAUUGUAUAUGUGAAUACAGUACUAUUAAAAUUAAGUGGUAUGGAGUGUGAAAGGCAAUACAUGAUUUUUCUAAGUUGGCCCAAAGGCUCGUUAAAAAGCCUAUGGCAUUGUUUACACUAAGAAAUUAUCUGUCUUAUAUUAGCACUUAUUUAUCCUUUGAUUAAUGUACACAACAUUUGGGGGGUGGGUCUGGAAUUCACAUACGCAUACUUUUAAUGCAGUAUUACAGUAUAUUUGCUAUUUAUCCUUUCUAAUGUGUGUACAUAUUACAAUUUAUUUUUGUCUUCUAUGUGCCCUGUUCAGUUUUUAAUUAUGAAGUGUAAGUAUUUCUUUUUCUGGCAAUAAAAGGUCUGUGUAGAUGUGAUUUUUA